CUAUACCAAUUUGACAUGCACAGAGGAGUAAAUAUAUGCAAUCCAUAUGUUCCAUCCAUGGGUGUGGAUGUGCUUUACCAUGUUGGUUUGGCCACUGACACAACGGAUCUCAAGAAACAGUUUGGGGAUGUAAAGUUCGUUAUAAUGGGUGGUAGUCCGAAGAGAAUGAAAAAAAUCGCAGAAAUCCUUCUCAAGGAGCUCGAUAUCCAACUUCCAUGCGGCACUGGUCUUGCUAAUAUUGCAUGCACUACUGACCGUUACGAGAUGUACAAAGUCGGACCCAUUCUAUCCGUCUCUCACGGCAUGGGAAUCCCUUCCAUUUCCAUUCUUCUCCAUGAAAUGGCUAAAUUGCUUUAUCAUGCCGGUUGCCAAGACGUUCGUUUUAUUCGUCUGGGUACCUGUGGUGGAAUCGGUCUCGAGCCCGGCUCUGUUGUCAUUACUACAAGUUGUCUUGACUGUGCUUUCAACGACUACUUUCAACUUGUUCGUUUUGCGUCUUUCGUUUUCUUUGUUGGCUCACACCUCUUGCACUUCUUGACUGUCAUGAGUAUUCUCUUGCAGAAAAUUCUCGGUAAGACGGUGAGACGACCAGCUCAUUUGGAUGAACAUUUCGUGAAAGAGUUGAUCGAAACUGCCAGAUCUAUGAAACUCGAUUUUAAUGUUGUUUCUGGGAAAACGAUGUGUGCUGAUGACUUCUAUGAAGAACAAGGACGUCUAGAUGGGGCAAUUUGUGAAUACACCGAAGAAGAGAAGAUGGCAUUCCUCAAAAAAGCCUACGAUAGCGGAGUUCGUAAUCUCGAAAUGGAGUCGCUCGGUUUUGCCGCCUUUUGUCAGCACUUAAAAAUAAAAGCUGCCGUGAUAUGCGUGACCCUUGUGAAUCGUUUGGUGUCGGAUCAAAUCUCAACUCCAGUUGAUGUGUUGCAUGCAUGGCAAGAGCGACCACUGGAGAUACUCAUCAACUACAUCAAGAAGCAAAUGUGA